AUUUAUUUCUUGAAGCCAAACAGAUUCUUAGCCCUCAAUUUGGCUGGCAGUCCAAAACCCUAAUAGAAUCUCCAUCCUCUACAUUUCCUAGUUUGAGUUGCAAAUUCAUAAACCCAUCACUCACCACAAAUCCUAGCCCUGAUCUCAUCUCAUUUCCAAUGGAGAGCGAGAGCACCAACAGCAAUGAAACCGCACCUACUCAACCGUUGCAAUCCCUCUCCAUUUCUCCGCAACCCCAGUUAAGCGUGAAAGAGAGGUUCGAUUUAAUAAGGAGCAUUGGUGAAGAGUGUAUACAAGAGGAUGAGUUGGAGAGACUGUUGGCUAACAAGCCUCAGCCCAUUUGCUAUGAUGGAUUUGAACCUUCUGGCAGAAUGCAUAUUGCUCAGGGAGUUAUGAAGGCAAUUAAUGUCAACAAGCUCACUGCUGCUGGCUGCAAAGUGAAAAUAUGGAUUGCAGAUUGGUUUGCACAGUUGAACAACAAAAUGGGUGGUGACUUGAAGAAAAUUCAAGUGAUAGGCCAGUACCUGAUUGAGAUAUGGAAAGCUGUAGGAAUGAAUAUUGAAGGAGGUCAGGUAGAAUUUCUUUGGUCUUCUGAAGAGAUCAACUCCCGGGCUCAUGAGUACUGGCCUCUUGUAAUGGACAUAGCUAGGAGAAACAAGCUUCCAAGGAUAGUGAGGUGUUGUCAAAUUAUGGGCCGCUCGGAGCAAGAUGAAUUGUCGGCAGCCCAAAUUUUCUACCCAUGCAUGCAAUGUGCUGAUAUAUUUUUUCUUAAGGCCGACAUCUGUCAGUUGGGCAUGGACCAACGCAAAGUCAAUGUGCUUGCAAGAGAGUACUGUGAUGACAUCAAAAGGAAAAAUAAGCCCAUUAUAUUGUCCCAUCAUAUGCUCCCUGGUUUGCAGGAAGGGCAAGAGAAGAUGUCGAAGAGUGAUCCAUCAUCUUCCAUCUACAUGGAAGAUGAAGAGGCUGAUGUGAAUUUGAAGAUAAAGAAAGCAUUCUGCCCUCCAAAAGUGGUGGAAAAGAAUCCAUGCCUGGAGUACGUCAAGUAUAUCAUUUUCCCAUGGUUCCACGAGUUCACGAUUGAGAGGAAACCAGAGAAUGGAGGUGACAAGACCUUUAAGAGCUUCGAAGAUUUAGCCAAUGAUUAUGAAAAUGGGGAAUUGCAUCCUGGAGAUCUCAAACCUGCUCUAGCAAAAGCACUAAACCGGAUACUACAGCCGGUACGUGAUCAUUUCAAUAAUGAUCCUAAGGCUAAGGAGCUAGUGAAAAGGGUGAAGAGUUACAAGGUAACAAGAUGAUGCGGAAUGAUAGCAAAACUUGCAAAACGACAUACCUUGAGUGCUUUAUUAAAAAGUGGAAAUCAACAUUACGCAUUUUUGUUCGUGUUAAAAUACAAUGAUGCUGUUAUUGUUUGAUAAUUUCGGAGGCUUGUCACUGUUCAACUAUUAUAUUUCUAUGUGAUCAAAGACUUGUAUUUGAAUAAAGAGAUAGUAUUAGAAUUAAGUAUUUAAUUUUCCCAGUCA